AUGCCUACCCAAAUGCAGAACAAUCUCCAAUAUGAUAAAAAUAUUAAUUUUAAAUCCAGUACAACUGAUUAUGGUAAUAUGGACGCAUCUUCCAUUUAUUCUGGUUUAGAAGAAGCCAGUGCUCCAAUGCUAAUAAGUGCGUCCAACAACGAAUCUCAUAACCCAAAAACUUUCCCACCAAUUGUUUUAAAAAGCAACCUGCUUGGUCUUUUAGCACCUUCCACUUUACUCUUUCCCUUGGAACAAAAAAUUUCGGAUGAAUAUCAACUUGACUCACUAGUACCAGCUUCAAUGCUUCACAACAAGGAAAAAUUUAUGAAUAAUUUGGAAUAUUACAUCUUUAAGGAUUGUUGUUUUCUAAAAGGAUAUGAAUCAAGAGUUUUCGAAAAUUUCAUCGCUAUUAUUUUCAACACUACACAUAAGCCUGACGGUUUUUGCUGUAUAUUAUUCGACAAAUUUGGCUCUACAUAUCAUAGCAACAUAGAUCUCUCUAGCAAAUCACAGUAUUAUGAAGCUAUUCAAAACCUUUCUCCAGAUGCCAGAGAUAAUAUUAAAAAAUCCGCUGUUGUUUCCCUUUUACAAAAAUAUGCAUUUUUCAGCAAAAAAUACCCCUCAUUUUUUAAUGACAACAAGAUAAAUUUUGAUCCAACUGAUGCCGGUAUAGCAAUCAAUAAGAGUACACUAAUUAAUACAAAUACUUUUUUAUCUCCACUAAAAUUGGGCCAGUUGAUGUGCGACAAUGGUUGCUUCCAUCCAAGACAAUUGAAAAGUUUACUACUGGAUGUUGUGUAUGAAAACAAUACUAAAGCAAUUGACGAUAAUAAUAAAUUAGUUUUUCAUUUAGGCGAACAAUUAGAGCAAUUAUUUAACCCAUUAACCGAAUACUCCCCCGAACAAACUGAAAAUGUUUAUAAACCACCACUGGUCCAAGAAUUAAUAAUUGAUGUUCAUGAUACUGACCUGAUUAAUUCAAUUAUUAAUGAGUUUGUCACUCUGCAAACUAAUUUUACCGUUGAUUUGAUAACUUUUUUGCAAAAAUUUUUGAUCCCCACCAGAGUCUUGGUUGCCAAGAAUGAAAUUAAGGGUUUGAGCCUUAGCAAAUUAAACAGAGUAUUUCCACCAACGAUAGAUGAAGUUACAAGAAUAAAUUGCAUAUUUUUAGAUGCACUAAAACUAGCUUCGACUUUUGGUUCUUUGGAAGUUUUAAAGGCUUGCAGUAUUACCAUCCCAUAUUUUUAUAAAGCUUAUACAAGACACGAAGCAGCAACCAAAAAAUUUCAUAAAGAUGUGAAAGUAUUUUUACAAAGAUAUAAUACCAAGAUACCCAAUAAAGACAUAUACACUGAAAUGAAAUUAGAAACGAUUAUCAAGGGACCACAGGAAAAGCUACUGAAGUUCAAAUUGAUCAUAGAUAGGUUAUGGAAAGAGAAAAAGUGGGAUACCGAGUUCUUGAAAAGGGAAGCUUCGUUAUAUUAUGAAAAUGUUGUACGUGUUAUCGAUACCUUUGGUAGAAUUAGCCGACCAGCUAGUUACAAAAACAGAGUAUUCACACCAUCGGGCAAAAUUUUGGCCGAAUUAGCAGAUCUCUGGCCUGUCGAGUUGCAAUAUAAGUGGUUGAAGAGAAGAGUUGUUGGGAUAUUUGAUGUGUUGGAUGUUAAUUCCAUGGACAGAAGAAGCGUCAUUAUUGUUUUUAGUGAUUACGUUGUUUUUCUGGAUGUAAUAGAUGGCGAUUCAUACUAUAACGAUAACAUUGAUACUAACACAAACACAAAUUUGUUGAUUGGUUCAAAACCUCUGCUUAGUGACAUUCUAAUGAACUCUUUGUUAAAUGAAAUGGAGUUACCAAAUAAUAUUCCCAGAUUAAAAGUAGCCAACUACUGUAAUAUUAAAGACGUCAUCGUCACAUCUCUCAACUACAAUGUGCUAAGAUUUGAUAUCAUCAAACAAAACACGCAUCUAAGCUAUAAAUUGGUUUCUCCCAACGAUACUACCCAAAAAAUAUGCGACAUCAUUACUAAAGCUUCCAUACUAUGCAAGAACACUGCAUUCCAUCUGUUCAAAAAGGAUUUCCCCACAAAUAUUAAAUCGGGUAGAUACGAUGAUGAAGUUGUACACGACAGUGCAGACGCCUCGGGUGUCAGAAUACAAACUUAUGUAACUGCGCAUGAAGCAGAGGCAUACGCCAAAGAGAAAGUUAAAUCUAGGUUUGCUAUUUUUUUGAAUAUUCCUUGCCAUAAAAAAAUACUGCAAAAAUAUAAUGUUUACUUGGGGUUUUUUGCCACUUUAACUGAUGACGAUUAUGUAAAUUUGGAAGUCUUGAGUGAAAAUGAUAUUUACACAACUUUUAAAUGCCCUGUCACAGAAUAUUCCGAAGUUGUUAUGAAAUAUUUAAUCACAGAUAUUUUACCCAACUAUUAUUAUUCCUUACAAUCGCCGUUUUUGGAAUCUAUAUUAACUAUUAACGGGAACUUUAUAGAAAAAGUCAGGAAUCCUUUGAAGACUUUUUGGUUGAGCAGAAGGGAUGAGGGUAAGGAUGAAAGAAUUGUAAGUACUGGCGAUACAUUUCUACACGAAUCUUCUACCGAUUCUGCAUCGUACUUUGGCCCUGAAUUAAUAAAUAGAUCUAACUCUAGUACUACUACACCUGAAACACCAACCUUUGAUGAAAAUAAGUCUGCUAAACAAAACCCAUCCCAAAAGAUUAUUCCAGAAAAAAUAAAAAAGACAAAAUCACCGGUAGGAUCACCUAUUAAUCUUCCAAAAAUAAAUAAAGUGCCUCUUGUUAAAAAAGUUGAAACAGAGAAAUUUAACUUAAAACCAUCUUCUAAAAACACAAACAAUGGACUCAGAAAUCUGACGUCCAAUAGCGGGUCUAGUAUAGCAACGAAAAAGUCAACAAAAAGAUUCAGUGGGCUUUUAAGUCUGUUAAGUGGGAAAUCAAACGAACUUUCAAGCAAAAAUAAUUUAACAUCAAAAAAACAAAGAAGGAAAUCUCUUGGAAAUUCACUUUUUUUCCAUAAUGCUUCUGAAAAUUUAUCCUUUAGGCGUAAUAGCAAUGGGUCAAGGAAAUCAACGGCAAGUUUUAGUACCAAUAGCUCAAUGAUAUCUGGUACACGCCAUAUUUCAAGAAAAGAAAAUGAUGGUGGAGAAAAAUCGAGGUCUAAAAGGUCUUUUUCUGGGUUGUCUUUUGGUAAAAAUAAGGAUAAAUCAUCAAUUAUUGGAGUCGAUGAUUCUAACAAUGCACGUAUAAGUUCUGUUGUUCGUAAUGAUGAUUAUAAAAAGAUGCAAAAUACUAGUGAAGUUAGCACAUCUCAGCCCAGUCCGCUGCCCGAUAUUGUUGUUCAAACUGCUAACACUGAAAACAAAUCUGACAAUAUUCCAAAGAGUUUUGUUAGUGAUGAUGAUUUAACGAAUAAGAUUGUAGUCCCAACAGAUAUCGAUAAUGUGUUAGAUAAAACUGAAGUGGGUAAUAUUACAGAUAGAGCAUUAAAUAGAGAUUCGAGAAUCAGCCCGGAAGAAGUCGAUGUAGAUAAACAGCUGGAUUUUAAAAACACCAGUGUUAAAAGACAUCCAGAACAACAAAAACAAUCGCAUGUCUCAACUUUACCAUCUACUACAGAUAAGCCUACAACAAAUAAACAAUUACCUAAAGUUAGUGCUCAAAUUUCUUCUAUUAUAACUGAACCUAUUAAGCCAUUAUCAUUUGAGACACCUAUGGUCAAGAAAGGAGAGGGGGAGGUUGCAAAUACCACAAUUGAAAGUAAUAACUAUGCAAAUGGAACAUUAUUGCCCGCCAAUUUUGGUUCAAAUACGGUGGAAAACAAGAACCAAAAGAAUAUUGUUAAUGAACUGAACACUAAAAUUAAACAUUUGAAUGCCGAAAAUAAACCCAUAUUGGCAAACACUUUUUCUUCUUCUUCUUCUUCUUCAUUAUCUUCUUCACCAGUAAAUAGAAAUUCAAAAACAGGAAAAAAUAUUGUUUUGCCAAAACUACCGCCAAUACUUAAAGAAGGUGAUAAAAAAGAUGCUGUGCAAUUACCUGAAAAACACAAAAGUAAUGCUGAUGGUUUUCAAGUUGCAGAGGGAACACAUGUUCAUAAAAAUCAACCUAACGGUGCUAGUUUUGCUCCGGUUUUAAUUGGUGCUGAUAAACCAAUUAAUGAACAAGCAAAGUUGAAUGUUGUUGAAAAUAAAGAUUUUUCAUCUGUGGCUGAACCGGAAAAUAUCAAUAAUGUUAGCAAGUUACCUAAUAGUACUUCGACUAAUACCAUUUCUAACUUUAAACUUUCAAAAUCAACUUCAUAUAGAGAUUUGUUUGAAGGUAUGAAUAUGGUUUUAGAUAAUAAAGACAAGAAAAAUAAUUGGACUGUACUCAGUGACGAAAAUGAUGAUAGUUUUAGGGAGUACAAGACUAAUAAUUCAGCCAAACUAACUUUAUCUAAUGAUAAAAUUAUUAUGAAAAAUGAUGAAAAGAAACAUGAAUUCACCAAAUUUGCACCGAAGCAACGUGGAACUCCAAAUAUUUUUGCAAGAUAUUAUGAGGAGGUUGAAGAGGAGGUUACGCAGCCAGAACUCGCAGAAGAAGAACAAGAAGAAGAAGCAAUUGAAAAAAAUAAUAUUUUACAUGCUGAUAGUGAGAACGCCGGUAUUAUUGUUAACAAUAAGCAAACAUUCCCUGUAAUAAAGACACAUGAAAAAGAAAACUCACAAAGAGAUUUAGAUUCUCUACCAGGGUAUUCCAGUGAAUCAAAUUACUUGGAUAAUAUUGCUGAAAUUGCUUUGAAAAAAAAAUUAAUUACUAGUAAUAAUCACAAAAGUAACACCAUUGAUAUUAGUGCUACUGGAUCUCCAAGCAGAAAACUGGCUGGUAGCGAAGAAAUACCUAGAUUUCCAUCAUCAUUUUUAAAUCUAAAGGAUGAGAUAACCAAAAAUAUGGAUCAACUUUCCUCCUUUAAUCAAACUUUUGAAAAUAGUCCUUUGAAAAAUAAGACUUCUAAAUCACGGAGCAUUAAUAAGUCCUCUCGAAUUGCUGAUAAUCUUCAUGUUCCGAAAUUGGUUACAACAACAAAUAAGAAAUUCAAAGUUGUCAAUAAGGAUUUGUCAUCUGCGAGACCGAGCCAAUCACAUUCAUUAUCAGCAGUUAAAAAUGAACAAGAACAAAUGUCCAAACAAAAACAUAUUCCUUUAAUUAAGAUUGAACCAACUGAAACAAAAACAUUUACAGUUAAAACUGAGCAAGACGUUGCUUUUGAACCAACACUACAAAAAAAUGAGAUAUCGUUAUCAAGUGCUACACAGCAAUCUGCGAUAGAUAUGGACGUACGGGCGCCCAAAUUGGAAUCUGGCGAUGAACGUCUACCAAAUUUAAAACAAGAUAAUGUAAACGAUUCAGCUGUUGGAGUUAAUAACAGAGAAGAACAAGAAGGAAAUGAAUACACAGAUAAAAGUACCCUUUCAAAAAUUAGCCAUGCUAAUAUUACCACCGUUAUUGCUGAUUCCAAAAUUGAGCAGACAGAAUCUGGUCAUAACGUUAAAAUAGAAGAGACUGAUAAGGGGUGUUAUCCAAAAGAAGAAGCUUAUUAUGAUAAAAAUGAUGAUGAUGAUGAUGAUGAUGCUGAUGCUAAUGAUCUGUACGAUGAUUCAAAGAAUUUUAGUAAUACCAGUAAUAUAAAAAGAGAUGUUUCUAGCCCAAACCUAAGGAAGCAGUUGAUGAUGGGGUUUGGAGAAAAUAAUAUUGAUGCAUUAAUUAAAGCUGAUGAAGCAGACACUAAUGCCAUUGGUGCGUUAUCACAUUCGGAGGUAUCAAGUUUUUAUUAUUCGCCAAGCAAACCAAUGAAAAAUGAUCGUUUAAUGGAAUUUCCACAUGAUAUUUCAUCAUCCUUCAACAUUACUCAGCAUAAGUCACCUAAUAUUGAUAAUAAGGAUGUAAGUUUGCAAACUCCGUCUUCUUUAUCUGCUAGUAUCACUGUUCAAGACUUAGGCAGCGGUACUAACACUGUUAAGGGUGAGGAAGAGGAGAAAAACAUCAAGGAAGAGGAACAAAGGAUAUUGGAGGAAGAAAAGCAUAUGGAGGAAGUAGAGAAAAAGAUAUUGGAGGAAGAGAAGCGCAUUGAGGAAGCAGAGAAAAAGAUAAAAGAGGAAGAGAAAGAGAUAGAAGGAGAGGAGAAAAAUAUAAAUAAAGGAAAUAAAGGACAAUCAGAACAAGAACAAGGUAUUAACGGUACUAAAAGAAUUUCAUUAACUGAAGAUAUUAAAAAUGGCUUUAAUCAAUACGAAAAUGGGAAAAUUAAACCAGAGCAGUCUGCGUUAUUGGACGAUGAUGAUGAUUUUGAUUUCAGUUCAUUUGAAGUAUCGUUUACCAAAAAAAAGAGCAAUGAGCAUUCUUCUAUGAAUAAUAGUAAUAGUAAUAUUACAACUGGUGAUCAUAACAAUAAAAGCUUUGAAAAUCCAUUAGUAUCGCAGUAUCAAUUAAAAGAAUAUAGUACAAAUAAAAAAUACAAAACAGAUUGGGUUUCCCCUAGUGAACUUGAUUUAUAUGACAUAAGUCAAAGAUCAGAUUCUGUAAAUAAUAUUGAAAACACCAAUAAUAAUGUUAAUAUUAAUGAAGUCAGACAUAAAAACGGUAAACUUAAUAUGCCUAGGGAUUCAUCUAAUAAUUUUUUUAGUAGAGAUGACUCAUUUAGUUACUUAGGUGAUUAUUUAUAA